GUGGCGGUCCAACUGCUGCACCAUCAUCACCAUCCAUCCUUUGUGCUGUAUUCUCGUCUUAUUCGGCCUCAUUUACUUACAUGUUAAUCGUCACUCCGUUGAGUUUCUACUGUUGUGAACGCACAGAGAAGGUAGAAGCUAGCCUCGUGUGCUAUUAGCCUAACGGUCGCAUCCUCUCCUCUCCAUCCGAUCAUCGCUGCUUUGCUGUCGCUAUGGGCUGCUCUUUGCUCCCUCUUUUCGUCGCUGUGUUGGCAGCCCGGUUUGUUGUCGCAGACCCGGAGGAACACGGUCCUGUCGACGGAGCUCCGCCUUCAAAGAUAGCUGUGGUUGGGGCAGGGAUAGGAGGCAGCGCCACUGCCCACUUCCUGCGGCAGCACUUUGGCCCAGAGGUCCAGGUGGACGUGUUUGAGAAGGGAGAGGUGGGAGGCCGUCUCGCCACCGUAACCGUCAAUCACAACGACUAUGAGUCUGGAGGCUCCAUUAUUCACUCACUCAACCUCCACAUGCAGGAGUUUGUCAAGCAGCUGGGUUUGAAGUAUCGUCGCAACGUGGCCGGAAAGAUGGCGGUAUUUAACGGCGAAGAGGUGAUUCUGGAGGAGACGGACUGGUACCUGCUCGACCUGUUCCGGCUGUGGUGGCGCUAUGGUAUUAGCUUCAUACGUCUGCAGAUGUGGGUGGAGGAGAUUAUGGAGAAGUUUAUGAGGAUCUACAAAUACCAGGCCCACGGCUACGCCUUUAGCUCCGUAGAGGAACUGCUGGACUCUCUCGGGGGCAGCGGCUUCAUCAACAUGACCCGGAGGCCACUGUCCGAUUCGCUGCUGGAGCUGGGUGUGUCCCAACGCUUCAUUGAUGAGGUUAUCGCACCCGUGAUGAGGAUCAACUACGGACAGAAUGUCAGCAUCCCAGCCUUUGUAGGUCAGCUAAGUGGGAAGAUGCAAGCAGCAGUGGAGGAAGAAGUGAAGGGGAGAAAGGAAAGGACGAGAGAGGAAAAGAGAUGCAGGGUUGAGAGUAGAAGAGGAAGGCAAGGAGCUGUGUCUUUAGCUGGUGCCCAGAACAACCUGUGGGCGGUGGAAGGAGGCAACAAGCUGGUGUGUUCAGGCCUGCUGAAAAUGGCCAGUGCUAACCUGCUGGAGGCACAGGUCAACUCCAUCUCUCCCAUCCACUCAGGAGAGGGACUCCAGUACCAGCUGAGCUUCACCACGGCAACAGGGACGGCAUCAGAGCUGUAUGACAUUGUAGUGUUGGCGACGCCUCUACAGGCUAGCGUCGGGUCUGGAGUCCAGUUUCAAGGUUUCACGCCUCCGUUUGAUGAGCUGCCUGGCAGCUAUCACAGCACUGUAGCAACCAUCGUCCAUGGUUACCUCAACACUUCCUUCUUUGGGUUCCCGGACCCCCGUCUGUUCCCUUUCGCCAGCGUCUUGACGACUGACACACCUGAUCUGUUCUUUAACAGCGUGGCUAGUGUUUGUCCCGUCAACAUCUCAGCAGGGUUCCGGCGUAAGCAGCCGCAGGAGGCUGGAGUCUACAAGGUGUUCUCCCCACAGCUGCUGGAAAAGUCUCAGCUCAAAACACUAUUCAGGUCGUACUACUCAGUGCAGGUGACGGAGUGGCAGGCCUACCCUCGCUACAGCAGCAGCCAGCGGCUGCCACCUGUGGAGCUGCACCCCAAUCUCUACUACCUCAAUGGGAUUGAGUGGGCUGGUAGCGCCAUGGAGAUGAGCUCAGUGGCUGCCAAAAACAUCGCCCUGCUAGCCUACCACCGCUGGAAUAGACAGACAGACAUGGUGGACCAGAGAGAUCUGGUGCACAGGAUCAAAACCGAACUAUAACAAACGAAUGCUAAGACCCAGAUGAGUAAUGUGAUGUAUGUCUGAGUGUAUGGACUCACCCAACCAAAUUAUAAACUUUUUGUGAUUUUGACCAGUGGCAAGAGAAUUUAGAUGUCCAUUUAUAUAAUAUAACCUUUCGUGAAUGUAUCGAAUUUAUUCAGUCAGUACAGUAAGUUGAACAUAACCCUGCUGCCUCCUAACUAAACGUAAACAUCAAAAACCAUAAGUCAUUAUAUUGGCACCAUUAUAGACUCUGGUCCUGCUCUGCUACUCAAAAGGCCUGUUUCACUUCACUGAUUCUCUGUGCCACAUAAAAGAGACAUGUUGCACUUUUGUUUGUGGAUUUAUUGCCGAUGCUAAUUGGCAGUUUCCAUCCAAAAAUGAUGCCGCAAGGACCUUUCCUUUGCCAAGAAGUAAGAAAACCAAGCAAAUAUGGAGAACACCAGCUGGCGUACUGUAUACUGUACGGACUGUUAGGAGGUGGUAGUGCUAUUAAUGAACACCAUUGAAUAUAAAUACCAGUUUACGGUUUUGGUACUGCUCUUCUUAAACAAAUGUUUCUGUUUCCAAGCCAAGAAAGCGUUUAGAACAAUAAGCUGUUGUACAGUAUGUAACUGAUUUAACUUUGUCAUCUAAUCAAAACCACAGCACUGCUGCUGCUACUCUCUGUAAAUGUAGGGACUGUUAAUGGACUGGUUGUUGCCACCAAUGAAAUCUCAUUAAAGUAAUCUCAGUAGGAUUUCUGUAAAUUAAUAAUUAUUCACCAACCCAUGGUAGUGGCCACUGGUGCAGUGCUCUAUUGUCCCUUUCAUCAUUAUCUCCCCUUCCUGCUGCUUUUGUUGCAUAAUCCAGCAGAAUUUUUAUUUUUUUCUUCAGGGAAAUGAGCCAGCCAGCUUUGACAGUGGACUGAAUAAAAGCAGAGGACAGAUCCGUGCUGCUGCUGCUGCUGCUGCUGCUGCUGCUGCUGCUGCUGCUGCUGCUGCUGACCACAAAUGUUUCCAUUUUCUCGCAAGCAUUAAAAGCCUCAGUGGGAAAAAAGCUUUUCUGCUGAGGACUUUAAUCAUGUAAAGCACACACAUGAAAAUUUUGGGUUUCACUUUCAGAAUGGGGAAAAGGUUUUUACGAAGACACAAUGAGAAAUCACUGACAGCUGAUUAUCUUCAUGUGACUGAGUAGUCUUGUUUUCUGAAUUUCUAAUUUAUCUGCACUGGAUUUGGGCUGAAGUGGAUUUCUAGAAAACCUUGUAACUCCAAAGGGCUUCAGUUGAUGGAUAAUGUGAUUUCUGUUGUGUGUUGAAAAGUGGCUGAUGACACUGAUUUAAAACACUGUGAUGGCCUCAGAAUCAAUGUGGUGGAAACUGUGUAUUUUUAGCCUUUUUUUUUUUUUCCUUCAAAUUUCAAAAAUUGCUUCUUUAGGCAGAACAGUACAAUUUGUAGCCCCAGUGCUCGUAUAUAAAUCUUCUAGCGAAUACACAUCUCAAUACUGUUCAGACUACUUGUCUGUGUCAGCUGUAAAGUUCUGAUCAUGAAAACAUGAUCAAAUUAAAGACGAAUGGGGUCUGAAAUUGGAAUUAUCUGGCAAACUCCUGUAUUUAUGGUCUAAAUAUUCCCGUCCCAAUUUGUGCACUCUGAAUAGUACAGUAGUACUUAAAUGACGGGGGGUGGGGUUCCUCUACAAGUAAAAAUUAGUAUAGUCAUAAAGAUGUAAUAAAGCUGUACUGUAAGAACAGAGUGAAAGUAGUAAUAAAUUGCCCCUUGGUAUUACUCAUUAUACUGUCAGGUCCAUAAGUAUUUGUAUAAUGACACAAUAUUUGCAUUUUUGUCUUUGCAUAGCACCACAGUGCUGAUUUUCAUCUUUAGUUGAGUGAGUUUAUCAAACGUGUUGCAUUAACUGUUUGGAAAUUACAGCAAUUUUUAUACAGAGUUCCCCAGAGGCUCAAAAGUAAUUGGACAAACAUAAUUUUAAAUACCAGAAUUGUUUUAAAUACUUUGAUGAAAAUCGUUUGCAGUCCAAUCCUCUGAAGUCCAGAACCCAUGGACAUGACCAGAUGCUGUGUUUCCUUCUUUUAGAUACUCUGUCAGGCCUUUACUGCAGCCGCCUUCAGCUGCUACUUGUUUUUGUGUCUGUGGCUUCAGGUUUGUCUUCAGUAAAUGAAAAGCAUUCUUUAAUAAAGGUCAGAUGUUGUAAAGAUUUUUUUAUUAACCAUUGGAAAUAAUUCUGUCAUAAUGCACUUUAGUUGUUUUCUGUGAUCUUUCAGGCCUUUUGAUGUUUCCGAGUUGGUCAGUGCAUUCCUUCUUUUUCGCAAUGUACCAGAUUGUUUAUUUAGCCACUCCUAAAGUUUUUCCUGUCUCUCUGUAUGUUUAUUUUGGUUUUCAGCCUAAUGAUGUCCACCCCCACAGGCAUCAAGUAUUUCUUCUUACCUGAUAUAGAGUUCCAGUGAAGAGCUAUCAAAUCGAAGGUCAGCUCCAGAUCUUUAAUCUGGCCAUCAAUGUGCUUGUCGCAUUAUUGUUCAAUUAAUUUUGAGCCUUGGAAAAUGAAGGACUGAAUAAAAAUGUCUGCAGUUCCUAAUCAGUUAACGAAAUGCUUGUUAUUGUCCAAAUACUUAACUAACUGUACAUGACCUUAUUGGUUUGUAUACAGCAUGUUAUUCUUGUAGCUGGCUGGUAAGGCAAUUUUACCUACUUGACAUCCAGCUGGGGAGUUCAGUCCAGUGAUUCCUGUCCUUGGGAUCAAGUCCUCCAUAUGAGAGAUCUGAGGGGCUAUUGAGGGGGCUUGACCACCUAAAGACUUGAUAACAAUAAUGAGCUGAGGGCUAUUUCUGUGCUAGAGGUCAGAUGCCUUAAUUCACUCGGAACCAACAAGUUAAUGUUUAACAAAGUGUUUAAUUUCACAAAAUGUCAUACACUGAUUGUAAAAUAUUGUACUUGCCUAAAUGUAUUUCUUUUUGAAAUGUAAAAAUGAAGUGGCAUUAAUCAACAUGUUGCAUUUAAUCUUUCUGAUGCACAUAAUAAUGCAUUUUAGAGUAAUUUGCAUUUUUCUCUGACUGUUAAUAGAAUAAAAGUUAUUCUAUUGUA